AUGGUCCGCCGACUGGCCACCCUGGCCACCUGUAACCUCAACCAAUGGGCCAUGGACUUUGAGGGCAACCUGGAGCGCAUCCAGGAAUCCAUUCGUCAGGCCCGAGCCCGCGGGGCCACCUACCGGGUCCUGCUUCCGGAGGAGGAGAUCGCGUACGGCCCCGCCUGCUGGCUGUGGGACUACCUGCGGCGCUGCGGGGCCUCCGGCUUCCUGUUGCCCCUGUCGGGGGGGGCGGACAGCUCCUCAGUGGCGGUCAUCGUGGGGGCCAUGUGCCAGCUGGUAGUUGAAGCUGUGAAGGCAGGUGACCCACGGGUCAUUGCAGACGUACGGCGAGUGGCUGGGCAGUUGGCCGGCAGGCUGCUCAGUUGCGUGUAUAUGGGCACCGUCAACAGCUCCUAUGCGACCCGGGAGCGUGCCCGGCUGCUUUGCGAGCAGAUCGGCGCCUACCACCUGUCCUUGAGUAUUGACACAGUGGUUGAGGCGGUUAACAUUCAGGCGCGAUUGCGCAUGGUCCUGGCCUUCCUGCUCGCCCAGCUGCUGCCCUGGGCUCGGAGCUUGACAGGGCCCAGUGGGGGCGGGGGCGGGGGUUGGCUGCUGGUGCUGGGUUCCGCGAAUGUGGACGAGUUAAGAUCCCGGGACUGGCAGGCUGUGGAGGCGGCCCCCCCAACUGCGGAGCUGGAGCCGCUACUGGACGAAGUUGACAUGGGCAUGACGUACGCGGAGCUGUCGCUGUACGGCAGGCUGCGCAAGGUGGCCCGUGCUGGCCCCGUUGCGAUGUACAACGCGUGCGCCGCCAUGUGGCGGGGCCGCGCCCUGGCCCCGGGGGCCAUUGCCGCCAAGCCUCCAGUCCUCCAGCUCACCGCAACACGCCGCCGCACCCUGGACCCGGGUGACGACGAGCCGCAGGUCAAGGAUUUUUUCCGGUUCUAUUCCAUCAACCGUCACAAGGCUACCGUACUGACACCGUCGUACCACAUGGAGUCGUACUCGCCAGACGAUAACCGCUACGACCACCGGCAGUUCCUGUACAACGUACGGUGGCCCUGGCAGUUCAAGCGGAUCGAUGAGCUGGCGGCCCGGGAUGCUGCGGAGGAGGGGGCGGGGCCGGGGGCGGGGGCGGAGGCGGAGGAGGGGGCGGGGGCGGGAGCGGGGGAGGGGGCGCAGGCCCCAGCACCCCCAGCGGGCGCUACCAGGGGCUGA